CACGGGAGGCUUUAGCCAGAGGCAGGCUGAAGUUAUGUGGGACAGCUGUCAGCCGGCAUGCUGGGUGGGGCCUAUUUAGCUGCAGGGACACAAGUCUGGGGACACUGAACUGGCCUCUCUGCCCCAAGUACUCAGCCCCGGCCGGCCACACUGCUCGGAUCUCCUGCUGCGGGUCCCCCAGCUCCGCGAUGAUGGCCGAAGAGCACACAGACCUGGAGGCCCAGAUCGUCAAGGACAUUCACUGCAAGGAGAUCGACCUGGUGAACCGAGACCCCAAGAACAUUAACGAGGACAUAGUCAAGGUGGAUUUCGAAGACGUGAUCGCGGAGCCCGUGGGCACCUACAGCUUCGACGGCGUGUGGAAGGUGAGCUACACCACCUUCACCGUGUCCAAGUACUGGUGCUACCGCCUGCUGUCCACGCUGCUGGGCGUCCCGCUGGCCCUGCUCUGGGGCUUUCUGUUCGCCUGCAUCUCCUUCUGCCACAUCUGGGCGGUGGUGCCCUGCAUCAAGAGCUACCUGAUCGAGAUCCAGUGCAUCAGCCACAUCUACUCGCUCUGCAUCCGCACCUUCUGCAACCCGCUCUUCGCCGCCCUGGGCCAGAUGUGCAGCAGCAUCAAGGUCAUGCUGCGGAAGGAAGUCUAAAGCCAGGGGACGGUGGGGCGGCGGGGCAGGGACGUCGGGCCAGGCUGGCCCCCGCUGCUGCUCCACAGGGCCACCGGGGAGCUCAAUCUCUUUAGGGACUGCUCAAUUUUGCCCCCAAGACGGAGCACACGGGGUAGGAAAGCCAGAAAGCACACACAGCCCAGCCAGAGGCCCGGCCCCCCCACGGCGUCCCCAGGCGGCGGGAGGGAAGAUCGUUCGCUCCGAGGCAGCUACUGCAAGUGUUUGCGUUCGCCUGUACUGUAACAGCGUCAGCCCGCACUCAGUGCCCACCCGGGCGACCGGUGCUCGCCCACCCAGGAGGCGGCCAGUGACUGUUGCCGUUAGACGGGUGGCCCCAAUAAAGGGUUUCGGCUGCAUUUGG